AUGCACAAAGCUGGCUUGGUUGACAGUCAUAUUCGAGAAGAUGACACUUUCAAGUUUCUGAAUAAGGUAACUGAAGUUGGUGCAGCUGUUCUCAAGAAUUUCAAUUGAGGGAAGAAUUACGAAGCACUUGCAGAUGCGUGUGAAUCCUUGGGACAAGUGCUUGCAAAUCCAGCUAAGUAUAGCACUACUCGUUUUGCAAGUAGUAUCAGGAAAGUUUAUAUGAACUUUCGUCUUUCGUAAGGAUUAUCGUGCAACUGUGCAGUGUCUCGAGAUGACAAAGACUGAAAAGAGAGACGGUGACUCGAAAGAUAGGCAAAAUGCUGUUGUUGCAGAAAAAUUCAUGAAUUUCAUUUGCUGUCAAGUUCGUAUUAAGACUAUCUGGUAUAACUGAUAUUGAUGAGAAGUAUGGAGAAUUGGUAAAUGUGGUGCAGAAAGUCAACUCCUUCCUCAUGAAAGAAUAUGUCCGAAAGAAUGAAUCAUGACACAUGUGACGCAAAAUCCUGCUCUUGGCUUGUAUAUCAUGAUGAUAUAAAACAAUUGAAUGAUACAGGUGAGUACAUGGGUGUACGAAGAGGGGCCAAAUGUAACAAGGUCUUUGGCCAGAAGAGCAAAUGCUAACAAAGCUGAAAACGUGCGAGAUAAUGUUUCAAAGCAAGUAUUGUUGCUCAUCACAUGCUUGGAGAAAGAUUUACGCGAUCAAGUCUUCUCUCAGUCAGACAAAGAAAUGAUCGAGGAUCCCAGGUUGAUUACUGAUUUGAAGACCACUGCAGUUAGAAUAAAGUUGAGAGGUGCCAUCCUUAUUUCGAAUAUAGAAAGAGCGAAGUAUAGUAUGACGACGAUACGCAAAAUAAUCCCAUCCGUCAAAGAGGUUCCGGACGAGACCAUAAUUCUUCUAUUUGAAGAAUUUCUGGUACGGCUGGAGCAAGUCGUCAGAACCAAAAGAAUGAUGAUUUCGACAGCAAAGAACUUACUAAGUUAUUUUUGCGCAGCGACAAAGAGUUGUACAAAGGAAUUGAGAUGAUUAUCCACUUCAUUUGUGUGUCCGCUGUGAAAGUUUCUGUUCAAUCAGUGAUUGAAUCAUUAACAUUAAAGUUUGAGAUUCACUUCAAUAAAUUUAGAAAUGUGAAUGAGGAUACCGCGUACAACGAAAUGAUGGUCGGAGUUAAUGGUCCUUUACCAGUCCAAUGUGAUAAAGUUGUGAUGGCGGCUAUGAAACAACAUUUCAAAGGGCAGCAUGGCAUUCGCUUUAUAAGAAGUCGAAUGACAUCAGCCUAUUUGACACAGUGGGUGUAUCUAACAAUUCUAAGGUUGUAA